AUGGAGCAGAAAUGGACACAGCACUGGGUCAGGCACCAAGUUCUGUCACUCCCCGAGCUGCUUGUUCAUAUAUUCGAGUAUCUAGAACGCGAAAAACCGACCUUGGCAGCCGUAGUAAGAGUCUCUCAACGGUGGUUUGCUUGUGGAACACACGUCCUUUGGCAAGAAGCACCAUACCAAAAGCUUCUCCAAGUCGAAGCCAGCCGUCGUCAAAUUUAUGCCCCAAAGUUCACCAAAAUUAUAUUCGAGGGCGAUGAUGACGCACCCGUUCACUUUGAGUUUGAGGAACUGAAAUUCUUGAACGUAAAGAUACUCUCAGUUGGGGCAGAGCGGAACAAGGAUGGCCGUCAGCCUUUCAUACGGCAGUACCUUCAGCAACCCUUGCAAGACUUUUGGUAUAUUGGAGGGGACUUGGACCACGACUUCUUAACCUACGUGAAGGAUACAUGCUGGAACAUUCGCAGGAUUCAACUCGACUCGCCAGGGCCUAAAGUCACGCCCGGGUUUUUCUACAGUUUCAUCUCCGAAUUGCGGACACUGCAUCACAUGGAAUUCAAGCACCAGAUGGACCACCUGGUCACCGGUGAUCUCCUCGUGCAUCUUGCGAGUCGAGAGAAUCUUUCACACUUGGUGAUUGGAACCUUUGUCCGCAACAAGCUUGUUCGCCGACUGGUGAGGGAAGUUCGUGAACCAUUCCCAGCCAUUCGAGACCUGUUCAUGAACAUCGAGACGGACAGCUUCUCCUUAUUAGUCAAGUUUUUGGGAAAUCUUACUCACCUUCACCUUAUGGUCCGGGACGACUACGGCGAAGUCAUCCGUAAAAUUGCCCCCCUGACUAUAUUGGUGAAACUAGCACUGGAAUUCACAAUUGACACUGAGCUUUCCAAGGACGAAAUUAUGGCCCUCAAGUCAUUCCCCAGAGUUCGCGUGCUUCGCAUUUUCACACAUGGACAACAAGGCGCAGUACAUGUCUCAGCGAGGAAUUCUGGCUUCUCGGAUUCUGACUUUGAUCAUGUAGUCAAGCAUCUCCCGGCGUUGCGAGAAUUUGCCUUCAACGUGGCAAGCAAUUUGACCGCCGAGGCCCUCGCGUCUCUGUCUCGCCACUGCCGGUGGCUCAAAGACGUUUCAAUACCCCAAAAGUUCGACAUGGAACCGUUUGUUAGGCCGGAAUCGCAACCACAACUGAGUCUCCCUUACCUGAUGUGGCUCAGCAUUGAUGGGUUCGUAACACCGCCGGUGCAAGAUGAUGCAGAAGAAGGCCAAAGACCCGAUCCCACUGUACUUGUCGCCAGGCUGAGAGAAUGGUUUCCCAGGCUGCAGAGGGUUUAUGUUGAAAGCAUCGAGGAUUACACACAACAUUUCAACGCUGAAUUCGAAUCUUUGGUCGGUGGACAGUAG